CUCGAUUCCUUUUUAUUCGCGUGUGAAGUAGUAGAAUAUAUACUAUAAUUAGAUUAUUUUCUCAAGGAAAUCAAAUGGCAUCAUAUAUUAUAGUGUAUGGCUGCUUUUAGAAACAAAAGCAGUUAAGUGUUGAAAGUCACACCUGAAUCACAGUAGAGUUUGAUAAUUAGCGAAGAAAAGAUGAGGUUAGUGUAUCUAAAAGAUGACGAAAUUAUACUUGAAUUUGUUAAUCAGUGGAGAAAGCCAGUCAGAGUAUUCAUCCUAUACAAAAAGUCUUAGCAGUUUUCUUCUCUCUUUUCUUAUUCUUUUUCUUAUUAAUGGCCAGUGCAUCUGCAAAAUCAGAACAAGUAAGCUUCCUCAAAAGCUGCAUCAAUGGCAUUAAUGCACUUUCGGGAAUUGGCAUAUUAUCAAUUCCAUACGCACUAUCAUCAGGAGGUUGGUUAAGCUUAAUCCUCCUCCUGUUAAUUGCCAUGGCAGCCUACUUCACCGCGCUCCUGCUUCGCAGGUGUAUGGAUUCAUAUCCUGACAUCUCUAGCUAUUCAGACAUGGCCGGACGUGCGUUUGGUGCCAAAGGAAGAGUAAUAGCCGCACUUUUCAUUUCAUUAGAGCUCUAUUUAGUAGCAAUAGGGUUGCUAAUAUUAGAAGAAGACAAUUUAUACAAGCUCUCACCAAAUUUUGCAUUGAGGCUUGGAAAUCUAAUUAUAGAAGGGAGACAUUCUUUUCUUAUUCUUUCAGGACUCCUGAUUUGGCCUUCUAUGUUGUUAAGUGAUUUGGAUGUCAUGUCAUAUGUUUCAGCUGGUGGUGUUAUAUCUUCUUUGGUCGUUGUUCUUUGUGUUUUAUGUGUUGGUCUAUCUGGAAAACAAGAAUUCAAUGGCAAUAGAAGACUUAUAAAUUUUCAAGGAAUCCCUACUGCUCUUAGCUUGUACUCCUUUUGCUAUGGCGCUCAUGCUGUGUUCCCUGCUAUAUACACUUCAAUGAGAAAGAAAAAACAGUUCUCCGGGGUUUUACUUACAAGUUUUGUAAUAUGCACGAUCAACUACUUAUCGAUGGCCAUAAUAGGGUACCUGAUGUAUGGGCAAAAUGUGGAAUCCCAAGUGACAUUAAAUCUGCCGGUGCAUGAAGCAUGCUCGAAGAUAGCAAUAUAUACAAUAUUAGCAGGUCCAAUUGCAAAAUAUCCAUUGACAAUAACACCAGUUGCUAAUGUAAUAGAAAGUUGGUUGCCACUCAACUACCAAAAAAAGAAGCCAAUUGGUGUUGUUAUAAGAUCAUCUUUGCUUAUUAGCACAGUUAUAUUGGCUCUGGUAUUUCCAUCUUUUCAAUCAGUUACAUCCCUGAGUGGAGCUUUUCUAGUUGUUUCUGUCUCAUUUUUGCUUCCAUGUGUUUGUUAUUUGAAGAUUUUUGAAAUUUAUAGGAAUUGGGGGAUUGAGUUAGUAGUUAUUAUGAUAAUUAUUCUAAUGGCAGUUAUAGUUGGGGCAGUGGGUACAUAUUCCUCUAUCAUCAGUGAUGUAAAGCAUCCUAAUUCAAUUAAUUAGAGUUUGCUUGAUAU